UACACGGCAUAGCCUCCUAACAAUCGGCGGAGCAAAAGUCAUCUUUUGACUUUUUUUAAACCACCAAAAUAUAUCCUAGUCACAAGAGUGGUUAUACAGAUCUCAUCGAUUUUCUAAAUCGUUAUCCAGAACCCCUGGGCGUCUGUCUCCCCAGCCACUGGAUCUUUAAUGUUAACUAACAAGUUAACUUAUGUGAACAAAAAUAAACGCAACAAUUAACGAUUUUACUGAGUUCCAGUUCAUAUAAGGAAAUCAAUCAUUUGAAAUAAAUUUGGACCUAAUCUAUUAGUUUCACAUGACUGGGGAUACAGAUAUGCAUCCGUUGGUCACAGAUACCUUAAAGAAAAAGGUAAGGGGUGGAUCAGAAAACCAGUCGGUAUUUGGUGUGAUCGCCAUUUCCUCAUGCAGCAAGAUGCAUCACCUUCACAUAGAGUUGAUGAGGCUGUGAUUGUGGCCUGUGGAAUGUUGUCCCACUCUUUUCCGAUGGCUGUGCGAAGUUGCUGGAUAUUGUCGGGAACUGGAACACUGUCGUACACAUCAAUCCAGAGUAUCCCAAACCUGCUCAAUGGGUGACAUGUCUCGUGAGUAUGUAGGCCAUGUCAGAACUGGAACAUUUUCAGCUUCCAGGAGUUGUGUUCAGAUCCUUGCCAUUUAUCAUGCUGAUGCAUGAGGUGAUGUCAUCAGGAUGAAUAGCAGGACAAUGGGCUUAAGGAUCCUGUCACGGUAUCUCUGUGCAUUAAAAUUGCCAUUGAUAAAAUGCUAUUGUGUUUGUUGUCCGUAGCCUAUGCCUGCCCAUACCAUAACCCACCAUGGGGCACUCUGUAUACAACGUUGACAUCAGCAAACCGCUUGCCCACGGCUUACACGUCUUCUGCAAUUGUGAGGCCUGUUGGACGUACUGCCAAAUUCUCUAAAAUUAUGUUGGUGGCGCUUUAUGUUAGAGAAAUUAACAUUACAUUUUCUGGCAACAGCUCUGGUGGACAUUCCUGCAAUCAACAUGCCAAUUGCAUGCUCCCUUAAAACCUCUUUGGGCUGAGAUCCCGCUAACGGGAUCAAUAUGACAACAGCCCGUGAAACUGCAGGGUGCCAAAUUCAAACAACAGAAAUCUCAUAAUUAAAAUUCCUCAAACAUACAAGUAUUUUACACCAUUUUAAAGAUACAGUUCUUGUUAAUCCCACCACAGUGUCUUAUUUCAAAUAGGCUUUACGACGAAAGCACCACAAACGAUUGUGUUAGGUGAGUGCCUAGUCACAGAAAAACACAGCCAUUUUUCCAGCCAAAGAGAGGAGUCACAAAAAGUGGAAAUAGAGAUAAAUGAAUCACUAACCUUUGAUGAUCUUCAUCAGAUGACACUCAUAGGACUUCAUGUUACACAAUACAUGUUCGAUGAAGUUCAUAUUUAUAUUUAAAAAAUCUCAGUAUACAUUGGCACAUUAUGUUCAGUAGUUCCAAAAACAUCCAGUGAUUUUGCAGAGAGCCUCAUCAAUUUACAGAAAUACUCAUCAUAAAUGUUGAUGAAAAUACAAGUGUUAUACAUGGAACUUUAGAUGCACUUCUCCUUAAUGCAACUGCUGUGUCAAAUAAAAAAAAUAAAAAAAGCUUUACGGAAAAAGCACACCAUGCAAUAAUCAGAGUACAGCGCUCAGAGACCAAAACAAGCCAAACAGAUAUCUUCCAUGUUUUGUAGUCAACAGAAGUCAGAAAUAGCAUUAUAAAUAUUCACUUUGAUGAUCUUCAUUAGAAUGCACUCCCAGGAAUCCCAGUUCCACAAUAAAUGUUUGAUUUGUUCGAUAAAGUUCAUCAUUUAUGUCCAAAUACCUCCUUUUUGUUUGUGCGUUUAGCCCAGUAAUUCAAAUUCAUGACGCGCGAGCAGACAAAGUCAAAAAAGUUCUGUUACAGUCCAUAGAAACAUGUCAAAUGAUGUAUAUAUUUUUUUAUCAUACAUCUUCAAUAAUGUUCCAACCGGAGAAUUCCUUUGUCUGUAGAAAUGCAAUGGAAAGCAAGCUAACUUUCAUGUGAACGCGCGUGGUCAGCUCAUGGCACUCUGCACUCUACCUCUGACUCUACCCCCUCUCAUUUGCCCCCACUGCACAGUAGAAGCAUCAAACAAGGUUCUAAAGACUGUUGACAUAUAGUGGAAGCCUUAGGAAGUGCAAUAUGACCCCAUAGACACUGUAUUUGAUAGGAAAAUAGUUGAAAAACUACAAACCUCAGAUUUCCCACUUCCUGGUUGGAUUUUUUUCUCAGGUUUUUGCCUGCCAUAUGAGUUUUGUUAUACUCAGACAUCAUUCAAACAGUUUUAGAAACUUCAUAGUGUUAUUAUCUUGGAAAGGGAGAAAGCCUCACUAACAGGGAUUUAAACACAUUUGUGCCCAAAAUUUGAGAGAAAUUAGCUUUUUGUGUGGAUGAAAGAUUUCUGGGAUCUUUUAUUUCAGCUCAUGAAACAUGGGACCAACACUUACAUGCACUUAUGUUGCGUUUUAUAUUUUUGUUCAGUCUGGAUAUGGUUCUGCCUAGCCCUAGGUCAUGACUCUCAGUUCCAUUACACAUAGUAAGACUAAUUUUGCAAAGGUGUCUUCUUUAGAGGGAAGUUUUGUUCGAGAUCCCCGUCACUCGGUCUGAAAUUUAUCAUGUAUCGCUUGCAGUAAGGUUUUGGAAGCAUAUGGACCUUUCAUGUCAGCAAGAAAUAAUUUGGAACUGUGCAAAACUGCUACAUUAAGUAUCUUCUUUAUCUGAAGGAUUGUUUCUCGCUGAUGAGGGCCGUAUUGCAAGCGAUGACUUGACAUUUCCAAACGUUAAAACACAGCUUUGUGGUUGUAGUUCACACAAGGCAGUCUGGGGGAAAGCUAAUGGCUGAGAACUGUAGGGGGUUUGAGAGCUAUGGUUCUGCUUAACUCACACAUGCAUAAGUAGCCGUCUUUGCAGUUCUGUAGUGUAAAUUACUUGCUUAUCAGCCAUAGAACCAUAGGUAUGAAUAGAGAAUAAGUUUCAACUAACCUGAUAUUGGCGACACUAUCCUCGUUGUCGAUUCGACAAAACAUGUAUCUACAAAAAUGUCCAGUUGCAAGUGGUGCGUUUGGAAUUUCUAAAAUGCUCCGUUAUUAAAAUGAAUAAAUGCUUCUCUCCAUAAAGUAAUCUAACAAUGUGUACGACGCCAUCUUGUCUAUUUAAAAUCUUCUCUCACUGAUCGAGACAUGAGUGUUAUCAUGACAUGCGACACUUUGGGGUGGACCCGGUCUAUCUCAAUCAAUACCAGGUUUGUUGAAAAACCUCUGGCAACGUUUUUUAUAGGCAAAUCUGUAACUCGCAGUAAUGGAUACCAAAAAUCUUUGGUUAAAUCACAUCUGGUCUAACAAUUUGUAGCUAAUGUGUAGAUAGUAGGACAGAGGAGCAGGUAGUCGUGGACGUUUAUAAUCGUGCAAUACAUGUAAAAGUAAUUCAACGUUUAGUUUCUCCAUUCUACAUAAUAAUAAUUCUAAAACAUUUUCCUGUGUGGCCAGGCAACAACAGAUACUACCACUGUGAGGACGAAGUUGGAAUGCUUGUGUGUCUGUGUGGUGCCAACCAGACACACAGUGAAGUGGAGUGGCAGCAAUGUUGCCUGGUGUUGGUGUGUUUGGCACAGGGAGUAUGGCACGGGUGCUUGUUCCUUUGCUGCGGGGGGAAGGGUUUGAGGUACACGCGCUCUGGGGGAGGAGCGAGGAGGAGGCAAGCUCCCUGGCGCAGGAGCUGGGCAUUCUGUUUCACACCAGCCAAUCGGACGAUGUCUUAUUGCACCCUGAUGUUGACCUGGUCUGCAUCUACAUCUCACCCCCACUCACACGGCAGAUUGCAGUCAAAGCCCUGGGGAUAGGUAAGAAUGUGGUAUGUGAGAAGGCUGCUACCGCUGUGGAUGCGUUCAAGAUGGUGACUGCUGCGCAAUACUACCCCCAGUUGCUGAGCAUUGUGGGUAAUGCUCUGCGCUUCCUACCAGCGUUCGUAGCAAUGCGACAGCUGCUGGCAGAGGGAUACGUGGGUGAGCUGCAAGUAUGCGACGCCCGUGUCUAUGGUCCCAGUCUGCUCGAUCAAUCAUAUGGCUGGACUUGCGAGGAGCUGAUGGGGGGUGGCGGGCUCCACACGGUUGGCUCUACCCUCGUAGACCUGCUGAGUCACCUGACGGGAGCACGGGCGGUGCGGGUGCACGGCCUUCUCCGGACGUUCUUGGGGCAGAACGGAGCAAUCCACGGGAUCCGCUGCGUCACCAGUGAUGACUUCAGUUUCUUCCAGAUGCUGAUGGGAGGGUCUGCUUCUGGUAGAGGGGUAGGGACUGGGUCAGGAGUGUGCUGCACUGUGACUCUGAACUUCAACAUGCCGGGGGCCUUUGUCCACGAGGUGAUGGUUGUUGGGUCAGCAGGGAUGCUGGUUGCCAGGGGGACAGAGCUGUAUGGGCAGCGCAAUGGAGGGAAAGGGGAGGAGCUGCUGCUAGGGGACAGCGGAGGGACGGGACAAGAGGUCAAGGAUGUCCCCCUGCCACACCUGCGGGGGCUAGGCUCCAUGGUUACGGCUCUAAAAGAUGCUUUCCAGGCACAGGAAGAGCGUCGGUUGUGGGCGCGGGGGCCGGUUGCUAUGGCUUCGACGUUUGAGGAUGGGCUGUACGUGCAGACGGUGGUGGAGGCGGUGAAACGGUCAAGCCGCAGCGGUGAGUGGGAAAGUGUGGAGGUCAUGACUCAGGAACCAGAUCCCAACCAAAACCUCUGUGAGGUGCUGCUGAUAAACAAGAACUGAGUACUCAUUUAUAUACACACACACACUAAUAUAAAUGACCUAUAGACAGUCUCUAUGGCCUGUCCUGAGGAGACUGUCCCCUAUCAACCACUACCCUGUGUCUGGCGACCUCUUCCGUGCAUCAGGGCCACACUGAAAGCCACAGCAUCCUGCCCUGCAAGAAGCCACAGGCAGGCAGACUGGUGGGCACACCUUCUACUGGAUGUGUACUCUUCUUCUCAGCAGAGUUUUUGUGUGUGCGUUUUUACAUUUUCCAGACAAUCCGACCCUAGUUCACCUUACCGACACACAUUCCUAUCUAUUCAGUGAACACCUUGAAGGAGGAAGUGUUUAGUAUUCAUGCUACAGUUUCUCACUGUGCCUCACUACUUCUGCCGAUGAAAGAAAUGUUUGGAGUUGUUUACAUACAUGUCACAGAUGAAAUGUUGGGUUUUCUCUUACACAAAUGUGUAUUAUACACAUAAAAAACAUAGUAAGUUACUAUUUUAAAAGUAACUAACUCAAGAAUUUCAUAAAAUCUAACUUUACAACUUCUCGUAGAGUUUACAAGAUGAUGCGUAUCAUCAUCAUCAUCAUCAGACUGCCAUCACAGCAGAGUUACUCAUAUGCAAUCCCCCUUGACUUUCAGUUAAUUAUUAUUUGAUGUGUAUAUUUGUAUUUUUGUAAUAUAUUGAUUGUUGAUCCCAUUUUCCAUAUCAGCAUCUCCUGCAUUGAUAAAAUGCUACUACAACCCUGUCCUGUGUGCAAGCCUGUGAAUAGAAUCUGUCUGACCGAUAUGGUGGAAAGACUACUGUAUUUAUUUCAUUUUUACUUUUGCGUUUUUACUAAGAAAGGCUGUUUUAUUUAAUUAGUAUGUGUUCAGUAAGUGGAAAUGUGUCUGAUAAGCUAUAAGAUGUUUGUUAAUGGUGUAAUAUUCAUAUGUGUAAACAUACUGAAUUAUAAUUGGAUGCAUUUUACCGCCGUAUCAUACUGUGCUAUGAUUGGUUAAGACCACCCAGAGGGUUAGGUCAUGGUCAGUUGAUCAUAGUUGGGAGAUAAGUGAAUAUGCAGUUGUUGCUAGCUAAUAAAGAGCUACGUUAAGAAAUAUCCUGUAGUACUGCAUUUUAUUUUGUACAAAGCGUGCAAAACAAGACAAAUGGAUAUUUAUAUUUUGUUUUAAGUUCAGUUUUACUUGGUGUUGUCACUGUUACACACAAUACCUGUGAUUUUAUUUUCAGUGGAGUGGACAGAGGCUGUGAAAACACCGUGCAAUCCUGUCAGCUCCCAAGUUAAUAAAUAUGACUAGUA